AUGUCACGGGGCCAUGAGCGCGUUGUGAGGCUUUUGCGAGAAAGUGGUACCAAUCCUAGCCUUCACGGCGGCAUGGCGGCACUUGGAUUGUGCGGAUUGACUUGGUCGGCGACCCUUGUCUCGGUCGUUGCUUGCGCCCAUGAGGCUGCCAUCGCGUUUUGCUGCUUGCAAAGUGCGGAUCAGAAUGCUAGAGAGCGGUGCGGGCGCAAGCCUUUGAUGAUCGCAGCGGCAGCGGCUUCUGGCGACCUGUCCACAGCCCAGUACUUGUUGAACGGGCCGGAUAUUGACCGUGAGGCCGGCAAUACUCGCAAUCAGAAUGCUCUUUCUGGUGCAUAG